AUAAAAACGCUUUUGGCUCGAGCCUUUCGCACCUGCCUGUCGUCACGUCGCACCUGUCGGAAGGUGAACUCCAGACGCCCUUACACUUGUCAGAACACCUGAGCUGGACCAGCAGCUGCGCCUCCUCCUCUCCAGUCAUGGCUGACAGGUUGCUGACAGUUCUCCGUCACCUGGAACCUGGAAAGCCUCAUCAGGGCAUCUCCCCAAACCCAGUGUCAGCGACAAACUACCAGUACAGUCAGCCAUUCUCCAUCCUGUCUGAUGAACAGAGGAAGUUUUAUGAAAAAAAUGGAUUCCUGGUCAUCAAGAACCUUGUCUCUGGAGACAAAAUAGACAAAUACAAGGAGCGUUUCCAGAAGGUCUGCACAGGCGAAGUGAAGAUCCCAGGAGUCAUCAUCAUGAGGGAUGUGGCCAUCGCCAAGUCCGAGUUCGUGCCAGGGGAGCAUGCUGUGACCAAGAUACAGGACUGGAUGUUGGAUCCUGUUCUGUUUCAGUACUGCUGUGAUCCAGAGAUCCUGAAGUAUGUGGAAGCCUUCACUGGACCUGACAUAGCAGCGAUGCACACCAUGCUCAUCAACAAGCCUCCAGACCCAGGCUCCAAGUCAUCCCGCCACCCUAUGCACCAGGACCUGCACUACUUCCCCUUCCGUCCGGCAGACCGCGUCGUGUGCUCCUGGACUGCCAUGGAGAAGGUGGACCGGUCCAACGGCUGCCUGGUGGUGCUGCCUGGCUCACACACUGGGGACCUCAAGCAGCAUGACUAUCCUGAAUGGGAGGGAGGUGUAAACAAGAUGUACCACGGUGUGCGUGACUACUCUCCUGAUCACCCCCGUGUGCACCUGGAGAUGGAGAAAGGAGACACCGUCUUCUUCCACCCCAUCCUCAUCCACGGGUCUGGCAUGAACAGGACACAGGGGUUCAGGAAGGCCAUCUCUUGUCACUAUGCCAGUAACCACUGCUACUACAUCGAUGUGGAAGGGACAACUCAGGAGAACAUUUCUGAUGAAACUCUUGCACUAGUCAGGAGAAGGCUUGGUGACAAUGUUAACCUGUCUUUCAAGGAUGUGUGGCGCCUGCGUGCACGACUGGUGAAGGGACAGCCUGGAAACAUUGUGGAAUAACAGAAUUACAAACAAAUAAAUCCUAGCAGCUUUUGCUUCCAAAAUUCUGAACACAUAAAUCCUAUCAGCUUUUGCUUCAAACAGCCAACAGCAACAAGAUAUCAUAGUUUGUAUUGAAGAAAUAAGCUGAAGAGAAUGCAUCUCAUUCUUGAGCAUACAUCCUGUGUGCUACAGUUUUGUCUGGUUGUUUGGCAAUAGCUCGGGAGGAAUAGUUUGUGGUUACAAAAUUGAAGUGUAAGUGAAAUGGAUAACAUAUGAAUAAUAUGAAUAGAAAUAUAUGAAUUAUAAUUUUAUCCAAGUACAGGAUGUAUUUUCUUGUAAUAAGUCUGAAGUCAGUCAAGAUCCAAAUGAAACAGCAAAAGUCUGAUAUAGUCUUAUCAAAUAGAGAAGUAAUUUUAAUGUAUAUAAGUUAAGUGUAUGACAAAACAAUUGAUUAUAAGCAGCAACAUUUUCCGCCUGCACCUAAACGUUUAUAUGCAUGAUGUGCAUAAUGGAGUGUUUAACAUAUUAACAUUAGUAAGGCAGUAGGUAAAAUGUUUCAAACCGCUGAAACUAUCAUAUCUUUCAGCAUUGUAUAUUUGAAAUGUACAGCUAAAGUCUCAUGAGAAGCGGUUACUGAAUUAUGUUAUGAUAAAACAAUUUAUCUGGUCUAAUAGAUGCCAAGGUGUUGCACAAAUGUAAACUUUAAGGAUGUUAUGAUGAAUGGAUCUAUAUAUGACAGAUAACAUGCAGUCUUUUAUGGAGUAUGACAGUUGACAAUAAAUAAUGAAGCAAACUUGA